AAUAAAACAUAUGAUCUGUUCAUUUGUGUGUAAACAUCCUUGUUGUUGAAUCGCUAUUUGUUAUUUGUAUAAAUAUAGAUAAUUAUUGACGAAGCAACAUUAAAUAGUGAUCUUGAUUCUAAAGUAGUUUGGUAUUUUUGCAAAUUUCUUGUCAGUUAUUACUUAGUGAGUCAGUGGGGAUCUGGGAUCUGUAGAAUCAGUUCAUCGACUCUACGCUCACUAGUGCUAGGUUAACGAAAUAAAAAUACUUGAACAACCUGGCAUUAUAUGGAUCAGGAGUGAGUCCUUGCCAUUUAACAUACGCACAAACCGCUUAUUAACAAAAAAAGUUAAAUAAAAAAAGAUAAGUUCGAGGUCUGGAAAUUGAACAAAUGCACAUAAAGGCAAGUCAAUAAACCUCGGACACGACAGUCGGGUAUACGUAACCGUAACGACCCAGAUUUAUAUUUGGCCAAGGACUGUCACUCCAGCAACACUCCCCAAAAACUCUUUUGGAGCUUGUAUGCUGCUACAGCAACAACAACUAGAUAUAUGAAACAUGUUUGAGUAUGACUGGGAUACAUUUUCCUCGCAGGAAUCGAAAAUAAACAUCAAAGACACUGACUCAAAGAAUACAACUUUUAAAAGAAAUGAUAGCCAAGUUCAGAGUGAAACGAACGACCCAAUUUCAACCGGAAAAAGUAGCAUACAUUCAGGGCGUAAUUCAAGCUUCCAAGAAGGAAACGAACUCUCAUUUGAAUAUCAUCUUAACAUUGACACUGUUUGCAGAACGUGCUUAAAAAAAAUUGAUGCAAGCAUUCCGAACACAUCCACUAUUAAAUCGCAUUAUCAAAUUUUUGAUACUGCAAAUCUCGCUAAGAAACUAACCUCCUGUACAUCUUUAAAAAUUGAGCAAACGGAUAAGUAUCCCAAAUACUUGUGCAACAGUUGCUUCAAUAAAGUCAAUGAUUUUUACCAAUUUCAAAGCAUGUGUGUGGAGUCGAUGCAGCAAUUUUGCCAAAUGUUCUUGGUUCCAGUCAGUCAAAUUACUUUUGAUACCGAAGUUCCUCGAAUUAAAACAGAACUUAACUGUGAUGACCCACUGCUUUCUGAAGAGUUUUGUGAUUCCAUCGAAGACGCCAAACAAUCAUCAUGCUUUGUUGAUAACUCUAACUCAGUGAUAGAAAAAGACCAGCUACCAUUAGGUGAUACCAACGCCUUGAUGCAAUGUCAGGUUGAGUACAGGGAUAAUAAUGGUUUACUCCAACCACUUCGGCACGCACUAUUCCAAGAGAAAAAUAGUAAAAAGGAGGGUACAAUAGAAGAAAGUUUCCAAAAUAAAAUGGAUGAAUUACUAAGGCGCCAAACGGAAAUUGUGAAAAUUGUUGCAGAGAAUAAUGUUCUAUUGCGAGAAAGUUUAGGGAUGUCUUCUGUCUCUUCCAUCAAAUUCCCAUUAGAAACGGAUGAUAAGUUGGAAGAACUAGAAGCGCGACUAAAAGUGGAAAGCAAGGCAGAAAUUGUUGGUAUUCUUAGAAGAAUAACUUGCGGAAAAAUAAAGGGUAUUGAUGCCAUUUUUGGAAAGCAAGUAGUUAUGGGCUUCAAUUAUAACGGAGAUAAAGGCAAAAAGCCUUUAAAAUUUUUCAAAAAUUUCCUAAAUGCUCUAUACGAAGCCACCUACGAAGAGGGCAGAACUUUUGACGAAUUUUUAAUAAGUCUUCGGCAAGAAUUUAAAAGAGUGAAAAAUCGGUUUUGUAAACAGAAGAGUAGAAAGAACAACCGUUAGCAUGUAACUUAUAGUUUAUAUUGCACACCUGCAUCUAAAGUGAGCUAACUAAAAAAUCAUACCGGACAUAAUAACUGCUUGUGAAUCGUACAAAUUCAACGCAAUUAAUACAAAAACGGGUACAACAGUAGUUUUUUAGUUAGAGUAUGUAAUAAUAAAAAAAAAAUGCAUUACUUGGAGGUAUGUCCUAUGAAUUGAUUUAUGCAAAAAAUCGUCCUAGGUGUGCGAUAUGUACUAUUCAGUAUUAGUUAGUUGUAAGGUAUUUUUA